GCUACAGCACCACUGCAGUAACAGUGUCAAUCAGGAGUCCGCCCAAGGCAUGAAAUACAUAAUAGUGACCUACUUCUUAAGAGUUGAAAGUGCAUCAGUGCCGAAGCCUCGUUCCGGGAAUAAACCAUCUUCCCACGACAAGGCUUAGUGCUUACAUCAACAGUGGGCUAUGAUCAUGGUACCCUGUCUGUACCCUCAAAUCCUUCGCUGAACAGGUCGAGAUGUUUGUAAUCACGCUGCUACGCCCUAAGUUCGUCCGAACUCCCUCCGGAAGACAUAGAAUGGUGAGAUAUUAUAGCCUAUCAUAGAGAUGUCGGGUGGGAAACAUCGUGCGAACUCGGAGCCUUCGUCCGAAGAAGGAUUCCGGAGGUCGUCGAGUCUUACAUAUUUAAACCCUUCAUAAACCGCUCGAAAACACUGAAAGUUAUCUCUACUCGCAUCCAAGUCUCAAAAUGAAGGAAAAAUAUCAAAAGCCAGUCGUACUUCUGGUUCACGGUGCUUGGCAUCGACCUCUCCACUACCGUCUUCUCAUCCAAGCUUUCCAACAACAAGGCUUCAUUGUCUUAGCGCCGCCUCUUGCAAGCUCCGGGUACGAUGAUUCAGUUGACGGCAAGACAUACCACGCUGAUGUUAAGAGGAUCCACGAUGUUGUUAUGCCUUACAUCGAUCACGGGAGGACAGUGAUUGCUGUUGGUCACAGCUACGGAGCCAUUCCUCUUACCGUGGCGAUUGAGGGCCACAGUCUUGCAGAAAGAGAAGAGAAAGGCCUGCAAGGCGGCUUCAGGUCUGUGAUUUAUGUGGCUCCAACGCCAGUCUUACACAAGGGUAUUUCCAUGUUCGAAGCUGCGGGUGAGCAGCGUCAGACACCAUUCUUUCACGAUGUUUCUGACACGCGUAUGCCACUCGAGCUUGAUAGAGUCAAAGAGGCAUUCUUUUCAGAUAUCGAUCAUCGUAUCGCAGAUGACUUUAUUCCAACGCUUUGCCACCAGAGCAAAGCUCCCUUCGAAGUUCCUGUCGUUUGUACCCCAGCAGACUUGAAGAUCUCCAAGACUAUGGUCAUUUGUAAGAACGAUGCUAUCUUCUCUAGAAACAUGCUCUUGCAAGUGGCUGAUAAAUGGGGUGCUGAUACUUUGGAAAUUGAAUCUGGACAUAGUCCGCAUCUGGUGGAAGGGCACAGGAUGUGGCUCGUUGAGCUUGUGUCCCAAAAGUCGUCACCUACAAUCUUUAAAUCACUCAGUCGCCAUUGUCUCUGCGAUGGUCGCGGUCUUGCUACACGUCAAGCCUAUGCAAGUCCAUAUCAUCGAAACCGUAUGGCCGGUCAAUCGACGCUGAGUCCUCAUCUCAAAGGCGACGAGGAGAUCGAGGUUCGUCUAUAUAACAUCAAAUGCGAUGAAGCGGGUGCUUUACCGUGUUUGAAAUGCGGUAUCAACAUCUGUGAGGAAUGCCGAUGUUAUCCUCGCGCAGCCCCGCCAAGUGCAUAUCCGAAUCGCAGACCGCAUUUGAGAGGGAGUUACGAGCUUGAUAAUAUCAUGUGCUUGUGUGAGGACUGUGACGCGAAUAAUGAGAAAGAAGUGGCGGGGAAGUUCCUGAACGAAAGAUGUGAUUGUGAUAUCUACACGAGGUGGAUUUGUGUCAGAUGUGAAGAGGAGGAGCGCAAGACGGCGAGGAAGUACUUUGCGGAACGAACGCAGAUGGAGUGGGAUUGGAUCAUGAGGGAAGAUAUUGACUAUGGCGAUGAUUUUGAGCCUUCGAAGACGCUUCAUGAUCAUGCCUUUCAACGAGCUUUCUGGUGUACUUGCGGCAAGACAGUCUCGCACAGAACAGUACCACGUUGCAUCUGGUGCAAAAGGCGACAUUUGCCAGAAAGCGAAUGGUAUCAGGAACGUCAGGACAUUGGUUCAAAACAUCCUUUCUUUGAUAACGAUCCUGAUUAUCCUCGGUGGAUAAGCGACGAGAACAACAAGUAUCCAACUCCUUACCCAAGGUUAGGGUAUCGGGAAGUUGAAGAGACUUAGGUUUAGUAACAAGGUUGUUAGUCGAGCCGUUGUUUCUGUGGUUAUGGAAGUUUGAUUAUGUCCAAUGGUCAUUUAAAAGACUCAGUUGAACCUCUUCGCUUGCCUUAGAUACAGAGUUAUACAU